AUGAGUGUCGAGCAAAAGCUUCAUUUGAUUACAAGAAACCUCCAGGAGGUUCUAGGACUGGAAGAACUGAAAAAAAUUGUUUCUGAGAGAAAUCUAAAUGUUUAUUGGGGAACAGCCAUAACGGGAAGACCACAUAUAGCCUAUUUAGUUCCUCUUAUGAAGGUGAAAGAUUUUCUAGAUGCAGGAUGUAAUGUAAAGGUUCUUCUUGCAGACAUCCAUGGGUUUCUCGACAAUCUCAAGGCGCCCAUCGAAAAGGUUCAGGACAGAUGCAUAUAUUACGAAAAGUUGAUAAAGUCCUGUUUGAAGAUGUUGGGAGUAGACCUUGGAAGAAUCCAGUUUAUCAAGGGAAGUGAGUUUCAGAAAUCUAACGAGUAUACAAUGGACUUGUACAAGAUCUUGUCCAUAACAUCUGAGCACGAUGCAAAAAAGGCAGGGGCACAGGUUGUCAAGCAGGUCAAAAAUCCGAUGGUGAGCUCUCUAAUAUAUCCGGCUAUGCAGGCUCUUGACGAAGUGCAUCUAUCAGUAGACGCACAGUUUGGAGGAGUCGACCAGAGGAAGAUAUUCACAUAUGCCAGGAAAUACCUUCCUCUUCUCAACUACGAGAAAAGAAUACAUCUGAUGAGUCCGAUGCUCCCAGGAUUGAACUCCGAGAAGAUGAGUAGUUCGGACGACCUUUCAAAGAUCGAUCUUAUGGACUCAAAAGAAACCAUCUUCAAGAAGAUAAAAAAGUGUUUUUGCGAGGAAGGAAACAAGGAAAAUGGGUUAAUGAAGAUUUUCUCGCAUAUAAUAUUUCCUAUCUUUCAACACAAGGGAGAGAACGUUAAGAUUACGGAUAAAGAUGGAAGGGAAAUGGAGUUUGAAAAGUACCAGGAAUUCGAAAGCGAAUUUGUCAGCAAAUCCAUCCAUCCCGGAGAUCUCAAGAGCAACGCAGCAAGGCUCAUUGAUGGCAUCAUAAGACCUAUCCGAGAGGAGAUGGAAGAAGAUUUGUCUAUGGUCAGGCGAGCUUACAAUUAA